AUGGCUAAGAACAAGAAGAAACAGUCGAAAGCCCAGAAUCUGAACCAGGCUACAUCUAGUCCUGAAAAUGAGGCGCCUCAAAACAAUAAUAAUGGACAAGCUGAACAUGAACAAGUGCUGGAAGAAAUGACCCAAGAGGCGGAAUCAGAUGCUCCAAACUCGACGGAUGAUAAGCAGAAGGAUUUGGAAGCUGGUGAGCUUCAAAAAAAGAUCGAUGAAUUGACGUUGGCGUUGAAAGAGAAAGAUGACCAACUAGCCGAAAAGGAUAAGGCUUUACUGAAGGCUAGCAGUUCAACCGACGAAAAAGCAAGCUUAAAUGGAAACGACUCAUCGAAAGUAAAGGAAUUGGAAGACAAAUUGUCUCAAAUAGAAAAGGAACGGGAUGAAACAAAGUCGUCGUACGACACGUUGUUAAGCAAAUUAUCGUCCAUGAAAUCUGUGUUUACCAAGAUCAAAGAGUCACAGCGCGAGCUUGAAGAGACCAAAGAGACGUUGGAAGAAUUAAGAACCGAGAAUUCUGAAUUGAAGGAAAAGAAUGAAACUUCUGGCAGUGAAAUUGAACGAUUAAACGUAACCAUUAAAAAAUUAACAGAGGAAAGCUCAGAUUUAAAUAGCGAAUGUGAUCGUUUGAGCAGCUCGUUGACCAAAUUGAGAAGGGAAUUUCAAAGCAAAGACGAAUCACUUCUGGAUGAAAAAUACAAUUUGGAAAACACCAAUUCGAGGUUAACUAAAAAGAUCAAUGAAUUGAAACUUGAAUUGAGCGAGGUAACCAUAAGCAGGGAUGAAGCGAAGAUGGAAACCAAGAAUUUAAAUCUUACCAUUGACGAGUUAAAAGAUAAAUUACAGUCUAGAGAGGCUGAUAUCAAGGACUUAGAAGGUAAGAUCACCAAUCACACUCAAUCAAUAUCCGAGAAAGAUUUGGAAAUAGAAGCUCUCAAACAAGACCAUAAAUCCGCAAUUGACGAAUUGAAACAAAAGAUCGAGUCAUUAAACCAAGAAAAAGCUCUGGUAGAUACUAUGUUACAGGAAAAGAUCACCAAGUUAUCCCAAUUAGAAAUAGAAAAUGAAAAAGUCAGCAAACUCGAAGCAGAUGUAAAUAGCAAACAGUUGAUCAUAGGGAAAUUGCGUCACGAAGCAAUCAUUUUAAAUGAGCACUUAACAAAGUCAUUGACCAUGCUUAAGCAACAACUGAGCAACCUGAACAAUACGAUCGACAAAGAAUUGAUCUCAAAUGUUGUUAUAAGUUUCUUACAGUUCCCUCGUGGAGACACAAAAAAAUUCGAAGCUUUACAAUUAAUAAGUGCAUUACUUGAAUGGGAUGAAUCUCAAAGAGUCAGUGCUGGAUUAAGCCAUAAUCAACAAUCUCAACGUAAUACUAAUGAUACAAAUGAGGAUAAACCAGCAAGACAAAGUUUUGUUUCUUUAUGGACCGAUUUCUUAGAAAAGGAAUCAGAGAAAAAAUAG